AUGGCCGGAAGCCGCCGCCGCCGCGACGUUAGAGCGGGCUCGCCGCCGGCAGAAGCCACCUCAGCUCCAGUUGACACUGCUGUUUGCCUUAUUGUUCAGUUAGAGCCUACGGCGUUUCUUCUACUGGAAGCUGCCGCUGUGGAGAGGUACUCUAAGAACAUCUGCCGUGCCUCCACCUCUACCUCCUCGCCUUUGUCUGGACCUUAUGUUUGUGCAGAUCUCCUGGACAACCUGCUUCAUGAAAUUAUUGCUCUCUUCAACUCAUUCCAUGACUUCCUUGCUUUCAUCGGCACCUGCCAUUCUUGGCGCGCUGCGGUCUCUACAGUUCCCUCUGUGUAUACCUUGGGCUUCCCACCACUCCACUUCAAACCAGAUGGUCCUCAUGUUAGUCCACAUUGCAACGGUAUCAAGCCCACCCUUUUAUCUAAUUGGAAGUGGCAGCUCAGUGAUCCAAGCAAGAAAAACUCAUCUCUUGCGUGUUCGGUGCCUCAAAAUACUCCAGAUACAAUGCGAUAUUUGGGCUGCUCAUAUGGAUAUCUUAUCUUCUCAUACGCGGAGCACUGCUUCCUCAUUGAUGUUUACACCGGUACCAAGGUGAAGCCCCCCAAAAUCCCACGCAACAACAAUCUUUGGUGCUUUCAUGGCAUAGAUGUCCUUACGGCCCCACUCAAUUCACCCAACUCUCGCCUACUCCUUUGCUCGGAAUCUUCCAUGCUUGAGUGGCAGGUUGGAACAGACUGCUGGUCAGAGCACCCUCUUGCUCUCGGUCAUGAAGAUAUUCGUCAGAUUGUGAUCUUCAAAGGUGAUAUCUUUGUCAUCGAUUAUCGUAUGAGGAUCCACACUGUACACUUUACACCUCAGUUCAGCGUGCAAGAAUUAGAAUUUAUGUGGGAACCCUUUUUUCCUAUUAACCCAUGGUUCGUGUCCUGUGCUGACAUGCUUCUCAUGGUUGACCUCUCAGUAACCUCUUUUCAUUGGCACGGCACAUAUAGUCACACCUUCGAUGUCUUCCGCCUUGACCUUGCUGUCGAGCCAGCUAAGUUUGUGAAGAUGGACAAGUUGGAAAAUUAUGCCCUGUUUAUUAGCCUUGAUAAGAGGAAUCCUACAUUCUCCUGCAUGAGCCCGGAAAGAUGGGGAGGAAAGAGUAACUGCAUUUAUGCUGCCAAGCUACUUGAAGACCCUGCUGAAUCUAGGGUUGCCAAGCUACUUGAAGAACCUUAUGAAUCUUGGGUUGCGGUUGAGCUUGGUCAGCCAGUGCAAGAAAAAACAGUUCAGUACCUAUUCUAUGGUCGUGCAUACCCUUGCGACUACAGUUUACUAAGUAGCCUCUGGGUGUUCCCCAGUCUAAUUUAUGGUUCUGCCUAGUCAUCUUGUCACAGGGUUUUGUGGCCUAGUCUUGCGCAAGACCUGAUGUUUAUUUUAGUUAAAAACUGGUCCUGUAAGGGUAACUGUUUCUUGACUUUAAGACCAAUGUUUUGUGUUCAAGUACAAUUGAUCUGAAUCGGCAUGUUGCUGCUA